AUGCCAAACCCUGGAAUAUUCAAAGGUGCUCGCAAAGAAUUUUUGCUUACACAAAAGGGCAUAUACGCAGAUGCUGUCAAGAACGGGCAUGUCGCUGAGACGCUGAUGACUAUCCAACGUCGGUAUUUCAAGCGAUUCCCCGUCGAAAUGCCUCUCGACCAAGAACCAACUUCAGAGGCUCUGGCGGCAGUAAAUGAUGACGCCCCCGAUGAAGACAUUGUGGAACCGGACCGGGACUUGUUAUCCGAAGACGAGUAUAAUGCGCAGAUGGCUGCUUUCAAGUCUAGGCAGACUGUGCUUGUUGUUCGAAAAGGACAAUUGAGACGAUGGUUUGCCUACCAGUAUGCCCGUGAAAAUGGUUCCAAGAUGAACGCCAACAUUACUCUGCUCGCCGGUCUUCUUCAACGAAUUUAUAAUCCGGGUCAGGAAUCACAGCGUCCUCGACUCAAAGCUCCAGUUAAUGUGUGGAGAAAGUCUCAGCGUGAGGCAAUUGAUAAGGCCUAUGAGGACGAAGUUGCGCGUGCUAAAGAGCAAGGAGAGACCAGGGCAAAGGCAAACAAGGCAGCGGAUCGAGAUAGGAUUGCCAGAUCCAUGUUUCAAGCCCUUCCGAUUGGCGAGCAGGCCUACUGGAAGAAAGUGGCUCAAGAAGAACACGAUGCUGCGAUGGCAAAGUUCAAAGCCGAAUCAUCAGGCGCUCCCCCUUCAACUGAUCCAAGAGAGCGUCAGAGAUCGAUUCAAAGUUUGCCUCAGAUUCUUCAGCCUAUCUUGGAUGCGAUAUGUGCCGCAACGGGAUGGAAAGCUACGCUCAUCGCUGGGGGUCCAGAACCUGCGAGAGGAGGUCAUUUGAGUGUGAUUAGGUAG